AGCUGUAACCGCUUGGGUUUGUGAAAUAAAUAUCGGUAUCUAUACUUCUUUGACAAUUCCUUUAAGCUUUCCUUCCUUUAUCUGCAACUUUGUAUAUGCUCUACCCAGCGUUUUCAAUCAACUUGAUGUCGUGCUCUCUCUUCACGUUCACAUGAUGACUGAGAAUCCAGCUAUGAUCAUCUACUGACGAUUCUAAUUUUCUUUUUUUCCAUUCUUGGCUAAUAUUUCCUUGCCAUUAAGACGACAAGCAU